AUGUCAUUUCCUGAUAUGGACCACCUAAUAGGAACAAUUAAAAUAGCUAAACAGGGCUAUGCGCGAACUCAUUAUUAUGACGGUCUUUUAGAAAAUGUCGACAGAGUCUGUGGUACUCUUAGACACGAUUGCAAUUUCGAAGAUCAUCCUUCUGCAAAUGUUCAUGUCAUUACUAUGCUCGACUGGGACUAUGAAAGAGGGAGGCUAAUGGUGGUGAGUCAGUAUGAGUUUGAACUUGAGCUUCAAGCCUUUUCGCAAAGGAGUUUAUGUUUUACAGGGAUCAAGACUCCUUUACUUUGCUCACGCAAGAACAUUAAAACAUGGCUCCGACGAUUCUUCGGCGAAGGCGGCUCAAAUUUCUCUGGCUGGCGUAAAAGCUGCUUGGUUGAUGCAUCAUUGUCUCACUGUGUCAUAACAGGAUUAGAAGCAGAUCAGAAUGAGAAUGCACGCAUUCUUACAAUAACUGUCAAACGACAACUAGGGAGCGGGAAAUGGCCUGAUUUAAUUUGGAUGCUCAAUUCGCGUAGAUGA